AUGUAUAUUGGCUGGGGCAACGACUGGCUCUCACCCACUCUGGACCUCACCUUCUGGAAGCCAGGCAUUCCUCUGCCGCAUCUGGACCACCACCGUUGCCGUUAUGGCCACGCCGCGCCGGGCACCGACUCAGGCAAGGUCUUCUGCAUGUUCUAUGCGCUGCUGGGCAUCCCGCUGACGCUGGUCACCUUCCAGAGCCUGGGCGAGCGGCUGAACGCGCUGGUGCGGCGUCUUCUGCUGGCCGCCAAGCGCUGCCUGGGCCUGCGGCGGCCGCGCGUGUCCACUGAAAACAUGGUGGUGGCCGGGCUGCUGGUGUGCGCGGCCACGCUGGCCCUCGGGGCCGCCACCUUUGCGCACUUCGAGGGCUGGACUUUCUUCCACGCCUACUACUACUGCUUCAUCACGCUCACCACCAUCGGCUUCGGCGACUUCGUGGCGCUGCAGAGCAACGAGGCGCUGCAGAAGAAGCCGCCCUACGUUGUCUUCAGCUUCCUCUACAUCCUCCUGGGGCUCACGGUCAUCGGCGCCUUCCUCAACCUCGUGGUCCUGCGCUUCCUCGCGGCCAGCACCGACGGCCCCGAGCGCGCAGCCCCUAGCAGCGCCAGCGCACCCCGCCUGGGGACGCCCAGGAGCCAUGGCCCCUCCCUGGCCCGCCGCCCAGCCCGCCCCGGGGUCCCCACCUCCAUCUCAUGUCGCAUCCACCAGCUGGAGAUGUGGGCCCGCGACAACCUGGGCUUCUCACCUCCCUCGAGCCCCGGCGCCGUGGGCGGCAGGGUAGGCAGGCCCCUAGUCAGGCGGAAGUCUAUCUGA